CCCUUUUUUCUAUUUUCCAUUUUCUCAAAACCCCUUUCUCUCUCUCUCUCUCUCUCUCUCUCUGCCUUCUUCUUCAAUCUUUGCUCUGUUUCUGUGGUGGCAGUCAAGUUUUGGGUGAAGUUUGAAACAUGGCAGAUGGUGAAGAUAUCCAACCUCUUGUCUGUGAUAAUGGAACUGGAAUGGUCAAGGCUGGAUUUGCGGGCGAUGAUGCUCCGAGGGCUGUGUUUCCCAGUAUUGUCGGGCGACCACGUCACACCGGUGUGAUGGUUGGAAUGGGCCAGAAGGAUGCCUAUGUUGGUGAUGAAGCUCAAUCCAAAAGGGGUAUUCUUACAUUGAAAUACCCAAUUGAGCACGGCAUCGUAAGCAACUGGGAUGACAUGGAAAAGAUUUGGCAUCACACGUUCUACAACGAGCUUCGUGUUGCUCCGGAAGAGCAUCCGAUACUUCUUACCGAAGCACCACUUAACCCGAAGGCAAACAGGGAGAAGAUGACGCAGAUCAUGUUUGAAACGUUUGACGUUCCUGCUAUGUAUGUUGCUAUCCAGGCCGUUUUAUCUCUCUAUGCUAGCGGUCGAACAACAGGUAUUGUGUUGGAUUCUGGGGAUGGAGUGAGCCACACGGUGCCAAUAUACGAGGGGUUUUCGCUCCCUCAUGCAAUCCUACGUCUCGACCUUGCUGGUCGUGAUUUAACGGAUGCAUUGAUGAAAAUCCUUACCGAAAGAGGUUACAUGUUCACGACAACAGCCGAGCGAGAAAUUGUCCGUGACGUGAAGGAGAAGCUUGCAUAUGUGGCUCUUGAUUACGAACAAGAACUUGAGACAGCCAGGACUAGUUCAGCCAUCGAAAAAAGCUAUGAACUACCAGACGGGCAGGUGAUUACAAUAGGAGCCGAGAGAUUCCGUUGCCCAGAAGUACUUUUCCAGCCAUCGCUGAUCGGCAUGGAAUCACCCGGUAUCCACGAAACCACAUACAACUCUAUCAUGAAGUGUGAUGUUGAUAUCAGGAAAGACUUAUACGGUAACAUCGUACUCAGUGGCGGUACGACAAUGUUCCCCGGCAUUGCCGAUCGUAUGAGCAAAGAAAUCACCGCUCUCGCUCCGAGCAGCAUGAAGAUUAAGGUCGUUGCACCUCCAGAAAGAAAGUACAGUGUUUGGAUUGGAGGAUCCAUCCUGGCAUCCCUCAGUACCUUCCAACAGAUGUGGAUAACGAAGGCUGAAUACGACGAGUCGGGUCCAGCUAUAGUUCACAGGAAAUGCUUCUGAAGAAGAGUUCGGAUACUAAAUCGACGAUCUUCGUUUACUUCAAUCUUGUGUCAUAUGUUAAGUAAAGUUUGGCUAGUUCGCAAGUUUAGAAUACAUUUAUAGGUAGUUUUUGAUACCAAAUUAGUAUUUGGAAUAGUUCAACUUUUGUUUGUGAGUGAUAUUUUGUUGGCUUUGAGGUGAUGGGUGGUAUCAUUUUUAGAGUGUUUUGUAGUUUUAUUUAAGGAUUCUUUCUAUUGUUUGUUGUAAAAGUAUUAUGUUUUUUAAAUAAAGUAUUGCAUUGAUCUAA